GCUGCAGGUCGGUCGCCGCCCCGGAGAUGGCCCCGCUGCCCAGGACGCCCUUGCUGCUGAUCCUGCUGCUGCCCGUCUGGACUGCUACCAAAGCUCAGGUCAACCCAGCCGUGUGCCGCUACCCCCUGGGCAUGUCGGGGGGCCACAUUCCGGACGAGGACAUCACCGCGUCCAGCCAGUGGUCGGAGUCCACGGCUGCCCGAUAUGGAAGGCUGGACUCGGAAGAAGGGGACGGGGCCUGGUGCCCUGAGGUCCCGGUGGAGCCAGACGACCUCAAGGAGUUCCUGCAGAUCGACCUGCACACCCUGCACUUCAUCACGCUGGUGGGGACCCAGGGCCGCCACGCCGGGGGCCACGGCAUCGAGUUUGCCCCCAUGUACAAGAUCAAUUACAGCCGGGACGGCAACCGCUGGAUCUCCUGGCGGAACCGGCACGGGAGGCAGGUGCUGGAUGGGAACAGCAACCCCUACGACAUUUUCCUGAAGGACCUGGAGCCGCCCAUCGUGGCCAGACUCGUGCGCUUCGUCCCGGUCACCGACCACGCCACGAACGUGUGCAUGCGGGUGGAGCUGUACGGCUGCGUCUGGCUGGAUGGCCUGGUGUCCUACAACGCCCCGGCCGGGCAGCAGCUGGUGCUCCCCGGGGGCUCCGUCAUCUACCUGAACGAUUCUGUCUACGACGGAGCUGUGGGCUACAGCAUGACCGAGGGGCUGGGCCAGCUGACGGACGGGGUGUCUGGCCUGGACGACUUCACGCAGACCCACGAGCACCACGUCUGGCCCGGCUACGACUACGUGGGCUGGAGGAACGAGAGCGCCGCCAGCGGCUACGUGGAGAUCGUGUUUGAGUUCGACCGCGUCCGGAACUUCACCACCAUGAAGGUGCACUGCAACAACAUGUUCGAGAAAGGCGUGAAGAUCUUCAAGGAGGUGCAGUGCUACUUCCGCUCGGAGCCCAGCGAGUGGGAGCCGCACGCCGUCUCCUUCCCGCUGGUGCUGGACGACGUCAACCCCAGCGCCCGCUUCGUCACCGUGCCACUGCAGCACCGCAUGGCCAGCGCCCUCAAGUGCCAGUACCACUUCGCCGACACCUGGAUGAUGUUCAGCGAGAUCACCUUCCAGUCCGACGCCGCCAUGUACAACAGCUCCGGAGCCCCGCCCACCGCGCCCGCGGCGCCCGCCACCUACGACCCGAUGCUGAAGGCGGACGACAGCAGCACCCGCAUCCUCAUCGGCUGCCUGGUCGCCAUCAUCUUCAUCCUGCUGGCCAUCAUCGUCAUCAUCCUCUGGAGGCAGUUCUGGCAGAAGAUGCUGGAGAAGGCUUCCCGGCGGAUGCUGGACGACGAGAUGACCGUCAGCUUGUCCCUGCCCAGCGAGUCCAGCAUGUUCAACAACAACCGCUCCUCCUCGCCCAGCGAGGAGCCGGAGUCCAACUCCACCUACGACCGCAUCUUCCCCCUGCGCCCCGACUACCAGGAACCUUCCCGGCUCAUCCGCAAGCUCCCGGAGUUCUCGCCAGGGGAGGAGGAGCCAGGCUGCAGCGGCCUCGUGAAGCCGGCCCCGCCCAGCGGGCCCGACGGGGUGCCCCACUACGCAGAGGCCGACAUCGUGAACCUCCAGGGCGUGACCGGGGGCAACACCUACUCCGUGCCGGCGCUCACCAUGGACCUGCUGUCCGGGAAGGACGUGGCGGUGGAGGAGUUCCCCCGGAAGCUGCUGACCUUCAAGGAGAAGCUGGGGGAAGGCCAGUUUGGGGAGGUGCACCUCUGCGAAGUGGAGGCGAUGGAGAGGCUCGGAGACGGAGGCUUCGCCCCCGACGCCAGCACCGGGCCCCCCGUGCUGGUGGCCGUGAAGAUGCUCCGGGCCGACGCCAACAAGAACGCCAGGAAUGACUUUCUCAAGGAGAUCAAGAUCAUGUCCCGGCUGAAGGACGCCAACAUCAUCCGCCUCCUCGCCGUGUGCAUCGCCGACGACCCGCUGUGCAUGAUCACUGAGUACAUGGAGAACGGGGACCUCAACCAGUUCCUCUCCCGCCACGAGCCCCCCGGUUCCGCCCCCAGCGAGGCUCCCACGGUCAGUUACGCCAACCUGAAGUUCAUGGCGACUCAGAUCGCAUCUGGCAUGAAGUACCUUUCUUCCCUCAACUUUGUCCACCGGGACCUGGCCACGCGGAACUGCCUCGUGGGCAAGAACUACACCAUCAAGAUCGCCGACUUCGGGAUGAGCCGGAACCUGUACAGCGGGGACUACUACCGCAUCCAGGGCCGCGCGGUGCUGCCCAUCCGCUGGAUGUCCUGGGAGAGCAUCCUGCUGGGCAAGUUCACCACGGCGAGCGACGUGUGGGCCUUCGGGGUGACGCUGUGGGAGACCUUCACCUUCUGCCAGGAGCAGCCCUACUCUCAGCUGUCCGACGAGCAGGUCAUCGAGAACACGGGGGAGUUCUUCCGAGACCAGGGCCGGCAGACAUACCUGCCCCAACCUGCCAUCUGCCCGGACUCCGUGUACAAGCUGAUGCUGAGCUGCUGGAGGAGGGACACCCGGCGCCGGCCCUCAUUCCAGGAAAUCCACCUGCUGCUCCUCCAGCAGGCGGACGAGUGAGGCCCGCCGCCCCGCGCCCAGGCCUCCUCGCGAGCGCCAGCACCAGCACCCGGCCCGCAGCCGCGCCGCCCGGCCCGAGGGCGGGGGCUCCUCCGGCGCCUCCCUCUGCCCCUCGGCUCCCACCACUGCACCCCCACGCUCCACCCCUGGCCCAUAUAUACUUUUUUUUACAUUAAAGAACUAAAAAAGGAAAAAAAAAAAAACCUAGGGCAGAUACGAUGCAGUAAAGAAACCUCCAUUGAUAUACCACAGAGCUGGAGACAAAGGCUAGGUAAUUUAGAUAAUUUAUAAAGGUUAAAUAUGCUUGUGUUUAUAGAUGUGCAGAUGCUACCAUAUUUUUUCCAUGUUGCCUUUAAAGAAAUAGUUUCAGCAAGAAAAACUUGAAGAAUACGAAGAUCUCCGGGAACCUGAGGUUAGGUCACAGGGAGACGCCGGGCGGGUGUGGAGGCGCGGGCGACGUGGCGUCCGUGGCGAGCGGCGAGUGGCUCCGUUUCGUCGUCCUUCCGCCUCUGGGUUGUCCCGCACUCUGCGCCUCUCUCCCCGUCCACAUGGCUGACCCCUGGUCGAGGCCCCCGCGCCCCCAGCCUCCUGGGAGGCACUUGGUCCCCUCGCGGGUGGGUCAGGGGGAGGUGCGCAUGCAGGAAUCGCAGAGGAAGGCGCAGGAAAGGAUGUUUGCUGGUGGUUGGAAGCGGAUCGUCUUUUGCAAAGCGAGAAACGGACCUCGUGUGCGGAAGGGUUCUCCAGGAGAGGAGGCCCGCGGAGGCCGGGGAGCAGGGGAGGGUCCUCCCUCCUCUUCCUCCUGCUCAGUUCCUUGCAGGCGUGUGUCAGAGGGAAGCCUGCUUUGGGGUCCGUGAACACGGGCGUCUCGGUAGCUUCCUUCCAGGGCCUGUGGCCCAGCUUCUGGCGGCCCGCGUUUCAAGGGCGGAGUGCCCCGGCCCCUGCGGGCUGGGGUCCAGGUCCCCAGGCCUGUCCAACAGGGAGCAGACCUGCUGGGAGCGUUCUGGAGGGUUGGCCUCGGACCAGGAGGGGCAGCUAUGGGGACACUGACGGCCCCUCUUCACAGGGAGCUUCCAGGAUGGCGGGCUGCCUGCCGAGGUGGGGCCCUGGGCCCUGCAGGCGUU